CUCCUUUCUCCGGUAACCAGGCUGUGUUGGCAACAGCAGCAGUGCAUUCCAAAUAGCUCGUGUAGAAUCUCAAUAUAGACACAUUUUGACUUAGUUUUUUUUGCCAGACCCAUGACAUAUAUUCAAAAAUAAAUAAAGUCCUUUUACAUCAUUGCAGUUUUGUAAUAAGGAGGGUAUUUAUUGCUGUGUUUUUUAAGACGCUGACCUUGUGCUGAAUGUCACCUGGAGGAUCGAGUUAUUGGUACGGUCUUAACUGGAUAACCAAGGAGGAGUUAACAUCAUGGAGAUUGUUACUCAUUUCAUUAAUGAUACAAUUCAGUUCUACACAUGGAGCCUUACCAUAGCAGACAAGCGGGUGGAGAAGUGGCCCCUAAUGCAGUCCCCUCUACCCACGCUAGCAAUAAGCUCUCUCUACCUUUUCUUCAUCUGGCUGGGUCCAAAGUAUAUGCAGAGCAGGGAGCCGUUUCAGCUGCGCUCCACGCUCAUCAUCUAUAACUUUGGGAUGGUGAUACUCAAUUUGUUCAUCUUUAAAGAGCUCUUUCUUGCUGCAAGAGCAGCUGGAUACAGCUACAUUUGUCAGCCAGUGAGUUACUCUGAAGAUGUUAAUGAAGUUAGGAUAGCAGGUGCUCUGUGGUGGUACUAUGUCUCAAAGGGAAUUGAGUAUUUGGACACCGUGUUUUUCAUCCUGCGAAAGAAAUUUAACCAGGUCAGCUUCCUCCAUGUCUACCACCAUUGCACGAUGUUCACUCUCUGGUGGAUUGGAAUCAAGUGGGUGGCUGGAGGACAAUCUUUCUUUGGAGCCCACAUGAAUGCUUCUAUCCACAUCAUCAUGUAUUUAUAUUAUGGACUGGCAGCAUUUGGCCCACAAAUCCAGAAAUACCUAUGGUGGAAAAAAUACCUAACUAUAAUACAAAUGAUUCAAUUCCACGUCACCAUUGGCCACACAGCCCUCUCUCUCUACAUAGACUGCCAUUUCCCCAAGUGGAUGCACUGGGCCCUGAUUGCCUAUGCUGUCACCUUCAUUGUCCUCUUCGCUAACUUCUACUACCAGACCUACCGGUACCCCACGAAGGAGACGUCCUCCAAAGCAGGAAAGGUGGCUGUGAAUGGGGCCGUGUCCGUGACAAAUGGGGUGAGCAAGCCAGAGAGUAAACUUGUGGAGAAUGGGAGGAAGAAGAAAAAGGGAAAAGCAAAGCGGGAAUGAGAUGAAUAAGCAGGCAUUAUUGAAACAAAUGGGUUUAGAAAUGAGGAAGCCUCCAAUUUUGAGAAG